CUUCCUGUCAGCAAAAUAACAAUAUGGCUGCUCUCCGCAGGGGUGUGUUUGGAUUCAGAUCGUUUAGUAGGUUGUCUUCGUUUUUACUCAACUCUAGUAGUGGGCAGAAAGUCGUGAGUAAGGUUCCCUUUCUGUUCAGAUGUAACUACAGCAAACUAGUACUGGGCUUCGGGACAGGGCUCUGUGCUGUUCCAUUUUCACAGAAAUCUGAGGAUCUCACACAUGAAGCACUGAUUAAACGGGCAGUAUCACUGGUAACAAACAGUGCCAAUACCUAUUUGUCACAAACAACUCUUGCUUUGGUAGAUACACUAACAGAGUACACCAAGGCAGUGCACACCUUGAUCUCCAUUCAGAAGCGUUAUGUCAGUCUCAUUGGAAAGCUGAAUCCAAACGAGGAAGAGGCUAUUUGGCAACUUAUAAUUCGUACUCGUGUGGAGGUAAACGAAAAGCAAGAAGACUGCAAGCGUUUUGAAUCCAAUUGGAUGAAUGCAGUGAACCUUUCUGAGAGGGCUGCAGAGGCUGCUUAUGUUGCUGGAGCUGACCAGGCCUCUGUUUUUGCACGCAAUCACUUGCAGAUGGCACAGACUCAGGUGGAGGAGGUGAGACAACUAUCUUUAAAAGCAGAAAGAAUGUUAGCCGAAGUCCAGGCAGAAGAGAUCAGGAGUACAGCACAGCAGGCGGAAACAUCAAAAAGUGCUGCUGGAUUAGAAGAAGAAAUUCCUGAUGCAUAUUUACGAGAAGACUAAACAUUUUGCAAACAGAAUGUGCAAUGAUGAUCGUCCCUUAUUUUUGAAUGCUCCUUGCAAUAAUUGUGUUCAGUGUGAUGCUGAUCAGGACAUGCAGAUCUAUAAUCAGCAGGUUGUCACAGUGUCUUACUAAAUUACACACUGCUACAUUUCUUUCUUUUUUACAAAAUGUGGAAAGUUCCUUGUCUGAAAAUUCCUUGUGUGAAAUUCAGUGAGAGAUGAGCACCUUGUGAAAGUGAUACACAUAAUACACUGUGUUCUGUAAUGCUUCAGCUUCACAUUAGAACCAAAGAACAUGUACUUGAGAGGAGGCCGUUUGGCCCAUAUAUGCUUGCUGAUUGAUCUAAAAAAAAAAAAAAAAAAAAACUGUGUUAACUUGGGUCUUGAAGCAUCUCAGUGAUUCAGCAUCAGCAACAUUUGCCUCUUUUCUAAGCAAACCCUAAAAUAUUUAUGUUUGUGGAUCUGAAUUCCUUACUGGGAAUAUAGUCAAAAGUGACUUGAACACCUGUCUUGUUAGGCUGUUCUUCCACUGCACCUAUUGCAUCCCCUAUUGGGGCCACAAAUGUCAUGUCACACAUGGGUUUUUUCUCCACAUACAGAACAACAGUCACGACUGAAGGGUACAGAAAGUUUAUUUUUAUUUGUUAUGUUUCCUUUAAUAUGAAGACUUCUAUGCUUAUUUUGUUCAAAUUAUUGGAGGUUUGCAAAAAUAAAUGUGUUUUAAUCACUGCUUUUGUAACUUGUGUACAAAAUGGGAAGAAACUGUUUGUGUUGUAAUUGAUAGCUUGUGGAUGUGGGAGAUCUUAGGUGUCAUCUGUCAAUUCAUAUUUUAAGAAAAAGUCUACUAUCAUGAUCCUUUAGAGUGGGGUCAUUACGUAAUGCAUGCAUUUGAAAAUAGUUUGGAAAUGGUUUAUAAUUUUGUAAAUGUAUAAAAAUAAAAAAUUU